AUGGCUCAAUCAUCGUCAGAGCUGGCCGGCCGAUCCCACAUGGCAGGCUGCGGCCGCGUGAUCCUGAUUCAUCAAAAUAGUACGUGUCUACGACAAGCCGAACUUUUCCAAAUUGCAGAUACUAGACCAAAUCAGGCUCUAGAGGUCCUCCCCGCUGUGAAGAAGGUCACCGUCCUAGCCGGAGUCUGUGGCACCAAUCUCUUCCGUGAGAUGCCCGCAUCCCCUCCCCCCCCGCCCGAAAUGGAGCGCAUCGGCUUCGUUGGCGUACAGAACUUAAACACGGUCGGGUUGAUCGACGGUCAAUUCCGGCGGAAUUUCGAGGAGACUGGGAAGGAUUUGAUCGCAGAAGCCCACAAGCAAGGGCUCGUGACAAGUUAUGUAUUCGAUACGGGGGACGCGACUAAAAUGGCGAAGGCAGGCGCGGCUGCCGUAGUCGCGCACGCGGGACUGGCGACUUCUGGCUCGACCGGGGCGUUAGGUGGUCGGCCAUUGGAGCAAUCUAUGAAAUUCGUACAGGAGAUUCGAGAUGCGGCUGGGCAAGUUGAUCAUAUUCUGGUGUUAUGUAAUGGAGGACCGAUUGCGCUACCUUCGGACGCGGGAAGUGUGUUCUCAAGGAUGGUGGGUGGGGUUGUUUUCCGAGGCGAGUAUGGAGCGGUGACCGGUAGAGGUUGUCAGGUUGUCAGGAGAAUGCGAAGCAAUUUAAGCGAUUAA